GUGACUUGUUUUAAUGUCAUAACGAUAAGUAUAGAACGCAGUGAUUAUAUGCUCUUCGGAUAAGUGUUUGCUCGCGUUUAGUUUAGUGAUAUAAUUAUAAGGAAAUGGACGUGCGAACGAUACUAACCGUCGUAGUUGCGUUGUGGGUGUGUGGUUCCGUAUCAACACAAAAUGAACAAGUUGGGGCCACAAACACUACCAGUGAACCAUCCAAGGAAUGUCUAACCGCCAGAAACGUGACGGGUGUGUGCGUACAACGGAACAGUUGCGACUACAGCACGGCGGCCAUUGAUCUCACGCUCUACGCCCCACAUAACUAUACCAGGCCCUGCGCGACAGCGGAGGUGUGCUGCCCGCAAGCCGCCAUUGUCCGCGUGGAGCCCCCAAGCAACGGCACGUUCGACAGCGACGAAGAUGAUGAUGAAUGACACUUCAGGGCUAUAACCGCGAAAAUCGAAGUUCGCAAAUUACGGGCAUUUUUCUCUAUCACUCUAAUUACGCCUACAUUGGAGGAAAAGAGAAAGAUCCCCGCAAUUUGCGAAUUUCUGUUUUCGCGGUAGCCCCUCUGAGAUCAAGGACCUACGCACACUGGACAUUCCGUCUGGGCCAUGUCCAAUUGUCCAACUUCCUAGAGUCAGGCCAGGCUAACUUGGCAGCAAUAGCACAGACUGUACAAGUGUUAUUUUGAACUUCUGUGAAAUUAUGAUGUUUAAAAUAAGCUAACUUAGAGUAUAUAACAUCCGUAUAUAUAGAGUAUGUGGUUGAUCAUUGGCCGCCUAUUUUCGACAGAGGGGAACGCCUGUUAAUGGCGGCUCCAUUGUUAAUUACUCCGAGUAAGCUAAGCUCAAUAAGCUGCAUUGUCUAUGGCAGGUCUACUCUACCUCGAAAAAAGAUUGUGAAUUUCAUUGUAUUUUUUUAUUUUAUUAGUUAAAAUAAGUUUUAAUUUAAAAUACUCAUGUUGUGUAAGUUAUUUCUGUGAUUAAAGAUUUACUUAAGAA